GAGAGAAGGCAGUUCUCUAUAGUCUGUCAACUGGCCGACUGCAUCGACUGCAUUAUUCUAGACAAUCUUACCUUUUUUUAAGGACACCAACCACACACCUACGUUGCACAAAAUCCACGUGUUUAUAUUAUUGAAAAUUAGUGAAAAUGGCAGCAUGUAAAGCUAUUGCUUCCUUAUUUGGAUCUCGAAGUUCUUUAUUUAUUAAUAAUACUAAAUUAGGAUUUAUUAAAACAAUUAUUCCAAAUGAAAGUAAAAGACAAUUUGCAACACUUACAUCUGCUUUUGGAAGGUCAUCAACAUUCAGUGAAAAUAAAUAUAUUAAAAAAAUUAAAAAUGAUCGACAAAUUCAUGUGUCAAGAAGCUGUUUAGAUGCAUCUAAAGAUAAUUAUUACAGAAUUCUUGGAAUUGAAAAAAAUAGUUCAUCAGAGGAUGUAAAAAAAGCAUACGUUUGUUUGGCUAAAAAAUAUCUUUGUGACACUGAUGAAAAUGAUCUUGAAGCUAGAAUAAAAUUUCAAGAAGUUGAACAAGCUUAUGAAGCGUUGAAAGACAAUGAAGAUAAUAACGAUAAUAACGAUAAUAAUGAAAUAGAAAAAUAUGAUAUUGGUCCAGAUCGUGUUAUGGGAUGGGCUACAAGUUUAAUUCCAUAUACUCAAUUUUUAAUGAUGGCUAGUCUAUUUGUAACGUCUUUAUAA